AUGGCAAACUUCACCCUUCAGAACAUGACGCCCGGCAACGCCGCCGACUGCUACCUCCCCGGCUGCAACGGCGUCGUCGGCGGCCUGUGUGUCGGCGCGCUGCCCACUGGCGCGAACGUGAACCAGACGCUGUGGUGGUGCUGCACGCCGUAUGCCGAAACCUGCAGAGGUGGCCAAUCCGCCUGCCCCGGCACAAACUGCAGCAACGGCAGCGCCUCCUGGUGCUGCAACGCCGAACUCGAGAGCUGCCCCGGCGAAGGCGGGCUCGAGGGCAGCUGCGUGCCAAAGAACUACACCAACCCCGUCCUCGACGGGCCAGCCUGGGGGCCCGGCGCGAGCUCGGGCGUCAGUGCUAGCGCCAGUGCUAGCUCCACAUCGACCGUUCUGAGUAGCAGUAUCAGCACCAGCACUCUUCCCGCGAGCACAACAGUGACGGAGAGCAGUGUGCCGACGACGAGUACUAGUGCUGCGGCUGGGAGUGGUGGUGGUGGGGGCGGGGGUAUAUCGGCGGGGGGAGCGGCGGGGGUGGGCGUGGUGGGCGGAGGGGUGUUUGUGCUGGCGGUGGUGGGCGCCGUGUGGUGGCUCCGCAGGCGGAGGAGGGGCCCGGGCCACGGCGGGGGUGCCAUGUAUCUGGGGCAGAUGGAUGCGGGGGACAAGCCGAUUGAGGUGGAGGCGCAGGGGCUGCAUGAGAUGGAGGGCAUGGCGGGCCCGAGGAGCGAGAUGGAGGGCACGGCGAGCGUGGAGGGUCAGAAGGAGGGGAUGAGCAAGGCGGGGAGGUGA